AUGCCGCGCAAGCCUCCGACGCCGCUCAAGGUGAAGAAAAACCUUUUAACUGAAGUUAAAAUCCGACAAUCAUGGAACAAAUACAACCUCUACAACCUGGCACGACAGAUGCCUUAUUCAGGCAGAUCACAUAAUUUUUUCAAACAGAAGUGGAUGUCAAAAUCUUUGGCGCGCAACUACCAUGGCGAACACAUCCGCGAGAAACAGUGGCUGCGAAUGUUCGACAGGAGGAUUCGGUCCGUGGUCCCCAUGGAUGCAGAAUAUUUGGCUUCCAAUGAUGGCUCGCUGGAAUCUGCUGGCCGUGGCUCAGGGCUGGAGGCGAGAGGGAAGCAAAAGACGACAACAGCAAUACCAUACAUGCAAAUGACCUUUGCGCCGAUGGAGCGGAGACUGGACACUGCCAUCUUUAGAGCCAUGUUUGCAAGUAGCGCUCGUCAAGCAAGGCAGUUUGUGGUACAUGGAGCGGUAAAGGUCAACGGCAAACAGAUGCGAUACCCGGGGUAUUUGCUCAACCCUGGAGAUAUGUUCCAGGUUGAGCCGGAACGAGUCAUGUGGGCGACGGGAGCACCCAAGCUCCUGCUAAAUACCUCUAGGAGCGAAGAAGGCGGGGAUGAGGGUAACACUGGAGAAAUGUCAGCAGAGUCUGCUGAAGAAGGAGCAGCCUCUGAACAAGCGACUGAAGAAGACGUCGAUGUUGAUAAAGACCCGCGGGAGGUGCUGAAAGAUUUACGUGCCAAAGCGAAGAGUAUCCUCGCGACGUCAAAACGAGAUAUCGGGGCGAAGCGGAAGCAGGACCUUCGAGCAUUUUCCAUCGCCAUCAAAAAGCUGCUAUCACGAUCUUCCUCGUCGACAAUCCUCACAGACAGCCUUGAAGCUCAAUUUGCGGAAAUCCAACACCAGCUAAACAUCCGGAAAGAAAACCUGGACGCCGGCGCUAGCAGCCUGCCUUCUGCAAAAGACGACAAGACGUCUUCCUCAGAUCCAAGUCCAAAGACAGGGACAAUGGCUGAAUCGGUCCCCCCCGAACCUAAGCAGGAGAGCAUCCUGACUGACGCCGAUUACAACGAACUCUAUGCUGCACUUCGCUCUAUGCACGAGAACCCAGUUGAUGAUUCCAAGCCAUACGCAACUCCCUGGAUGCCGCGCGAAUACAUGAGUGCGUUUGCCUUCAUUCCGCGGUUUCUCGAAGUCAAUCACAACAUCUGCGCGGCGGUAUACUUGAGACAUCCCGUUGCAAGACCUGGUUUGGCGGAGGUGCCCAGCCCUUACCAAGCUGAUGUACAUGGUACAGCUUUCGCAUGGUAUUUGAGAAGGAGAUGA